CCAUCAUCACUCCUAACUCUAAGAUUGAGUGACGCAUUCAAUCAAACGAUCGAACCAAACAUAUUACCUCCAAACCUCUCCUCAUUGACAUUGGGUUACUCAUUCUCGCAAAGGAUCGCACCUGGCACACUCCCCGCAUCACUGACCUAUCUCGAGAUGGGUCAAUUAUACAAUCAGGUGUUCAACGAAGGGUCUUUGCCCAAUGGGCUCGAGACCCUGAUACUGGGGGAAUACUACACGAGGAUAAUACUGCCUCGCGUCAUGCCUCGAUCACUCACCAUGUUGUCACUCAAACAAUGUCGUGAGUUCAAUCAGGACUUGCAACCAGGGUCCUUGCCACAAGGUCUACUCAAUCUUUCGUUUGGCUACUCAUUCACACAUGUGAUCACUGGCCAUCAUCUACCGCAGUCACUCACCUCGUUGACACUUGGCGCAUUCGACUCUAUCCGCCUCACACCCCACUCGCUCCCAUCAUCCCUGACCAAGCUAUCAUUCCGAUGUGGUCAUAAGCAGGUUAUUGAACAUGGUGUGUUGCCAGAAGGCCUCCAGAUACUUAAGCUUGGAUCAUUCAAUGGACUAUCAAUUGAUCCUGGAUCACUACCCGAGUCACUCACAUGUCUAAAGUUGGGUGCGUACAUUGACAUUGACCUGAACAUCAAGGGCUCGCCGAAAAUGGAACCAGCCGUGCCCCUUACUCAUCUUUACCAGACUUUGAUAAUCGAACAACUCAGAGGCAGAACCACCAUGACACAAGUUGAAGAGCGACUAAUUAAGAAGUCAUUGGAAUUCAAUCCCAACGUUGGCACAUACCAUCUCACAAUCCAAAGUAGAAUUGGCAAUGUAAUAUACAUGCACAAACAACUACAUUAUCAAUGUAUAAGUAGUGUUAUGGACAGUAAUAAUAAUAAUGAUAAUACAUUGUUGUUAUUGAUUGUCUAUAGAAGACAUGGAUGGUACCUCAAACGAUAUGGUCGUGGAAACAAAAAUGGUGAAUUGGAAGCGAGGAUCAAUAGUAGGCCCAUCCAAAUCAGGUACCUCAAC